CGGCCGCGGCGCUGGAGUUCCCGCAGCGGAGAUCCGGGACGCGGGACUGAGCCCAUCCGACGCCCAGCAUGGACCUGGAAACCAAAAUGAAGAAGAUGGGCUUAGGUCACGAGCAAGGAUUUGGAGCCCCCUGUCUAAAAUGCAAAGAGAACUGUGAAGGGUUUGAACUACACUUCUGGAGGAAAAUAUGUCGUAACUGCAAAUGUGGUCAAGAAGAGCAUGACGUCCUCCUGAGCACUGAGGAGGACCGGAAGGUGGGGAGACUCUUUGAAGACACCAAGUACACCACCCUGAUCGCCAAGCUGAAGUCAGAUGGAAUCCCCAUGUAUAAACGCAAUGUUAUGAUAUUGACCAAUCCAGUGGCUGCCAAGAAGAACGUCUCCAUCAACACCGUUACCUAUGAGUGGGCUCCCCCGGUUCAGAACCAGGCACUGGCCAGGCAGUACAUGCAGAUGCUCCCUAAAGAGAAGCAGCCAGUGGCGGGUUCAGAGGGGGCGCAGUACCGGAAGAAGCAGCUGGCGAAGCAGCUCCCUGCACAUGACCAGGACCCUUCUAAGUGCCACGAGCUGUCUCCCAAAGAGGUGAAGGAGAUGGAACAGUUCGUGAAGAAAUAUAAGAGUGAAGCUCUGGGCGUGGGCGACGUGAAGCUUCCUUCCGAGAUGAAUGCUCAAGGUGACAAGGUGCACAACCCUGCCGGAGACAGAAACACCCCAGCAGCAGUGGGUUCCAAGGACAAGUCUGCAGAAGCCAAGAAGACCCAAUAUUCCUGUUACUGCUGCAAAAACACCAUGAGGGAAGGAGACCCAGCCAUCUAUGCUGAAAGAGCUGGCUACGACAAACUCUGGCACCCGGCAUGUUUUAUCUGCAGCACCUGUGGUGAACUCUUGGUCGACAUGAUUUACUUCUGGAAGAAUGGGAAGCUGUACUGUGGCAGACAUUACUGUGACAGCGAGAAGCCCCGCUGUGCUGGCUGUGAUGAGCUGAUAUUCAGCAAUGAGUAUACCCAGGCAGAAAACCAGAAUUGGCAUCUGAAGCACUUCUGCUGCUUUGACUGCGACAACAUCCUGGCCGGAAAAAUAUACGUGAUGGUCCGUGACAAGCCUGUGUGCAAGCCGUGCUAUGUGAAGAACCAUGCUGUGGUGUGUCAAGGGUGCCACAAUGCCAUCGACCCGGAAGUGCAGCGAGUGACGUACAAUAACUUCAGCUGGCACGCGUCCACGGAGUGCUUCCUCUGCUCCUGCUGCAGCAAGUGCCUGAUCGGGCAGAAGUUCAUGCCUGUGGAAGGGAUGGUUUUCUGUUCUGUGGAGUGUAAGAAGAUGAUGUCCUGAGUGAACACCAAGCAGUAUUGAGCCAUAGCUGUCUACAGUGGCCUGCAUUUCAUGAUAAACUGCAGUUUAAAAAAAAAAUAAAAAAUAAAAGGAAAAAAAAAAGCUACAUAACGAACCGGAAGAUUUUGUCCAAUAUUUUUCUCUUUUUAACCAUUAUGAAUUUUGUCUGUCUUAUUUUUAAAUGACUGCUUUAAGCGCAUGAUUUAAAAAAAACAGUAAAGAAUUAUAGCUUUUAUUUCUGCACAUUAAAUAUUUGAGUUGGAAGCUUGAAUUUAAUCAAUCCUUAUAACCGCAUACUCCUAGUGCUAGAUAUAUUAUAUAUAUAUAUAUAUAUAAAAUCACUUAAAAUUAGUGUCCUGGGAGAGAUGAACAUUUUAACUUCCAUGCUUGUCCCCCAUGGGAAAUGUAAAGGAAGUUACAACCGCCUGUCGAGCGGUUUGAUGAUGGUGACGUCAGCUCAGUGAGGAGUUCCUUGUGGCAGGCAGUGUGGUCCACGUUGGGUGUUCCAGUGCCUAAGCCUUUGCAUCCCCCAUGGAGGCAGAGGGGCCUCUCCCUCCUGCAUCUCUCUCUGGUUACUUUACCUCUCAGUAUCCUCUUUUGUCAUCUAGCGACCUCCAUCUGUGGCCUUGAAUAUUUUAUAUGUAUGUGGUUAGGACAAUAUGUGCACUUUGCUCUUAGAGAUUUUUUUUUUUUGUUUUUUUGUCCAGAAGAUAAAAGUAGGCCAUUCAUUUAAUUUUUUUGAAACCCAAAGAAUAUAUAGGUUUUGUACCCAGGGAAUUAUAACUCAUGCUGAUGUCACCUUAAUGCCAUGCCUUGACUCAGUUGUUUGCAUGAUUUCCAAUGUUACCAGAUGGAUACUCUCUUGUGCUACCUCUGAGCUUGCUAUAGACACAAAGGCUGUCUUCUUUGCCUGUGCACGCGCAUCCUUGGGUAUUUUUUAAUGUUUUCCGUGUAUGCUUUCAUACAUAACUAUGCACUAUAAAUAUUAAAUGGAAUGACUUAUAUGAUAUUGAAAAUAAAGCCUCUUUCACUUUAA